AUGUCGUACACUGCUCUGGCAUCACAACUCGUCCUGAUAGUUUCGUUUCUAUUCACACCAAACGUUCUCGCCGAUUGCAGAGACUUCAAGCAAUCACGAAACUACUACACACUAUCUUCGCCCGACGAACAAAUUAUCUCCACUGGCUAUGUCUGUGAUGUGCCCAAACCAAAUAUAUCGCCUUUGCCAGGUCAGCCGCAGUGUAAUGCCACCAGCGAGUGUCCAGCAAUAACGUCAGGCAUCGUCACAACUAUCGGUAGCAACAAUCUUUCUCUGGGUCAUGACGAUGUUCUCCCACUCUAUUCCCUCAUUCCAACAAAGACUUACUACACCCCUCCAUCAUUCCUAUACUCUCUUUCCGGGAAUGUCACAUCAGCAAUUACCUGCCUGACUGCGCAUAUCGCCAACGGUACCGUCAACGAUACAACUACCGCUGGAUACUCUACCUUCAUUCCAACUUUACUCUGCAUUGAGGGUACCUUGAGCCAGUGCUCUGACGGCCCCGUCGAUGAUGGAACCCCAAUUCAGCUUUGUGCCGUCAAUGCACUCGAUCUAGGCGCCGAUGGUAUUGUCCCAAACGGCGUACAGAAAUGGAUUGACACCGACGUUGAUACCGCCCAAAAUCUGACUGAAAAUCCAGCCGAAUCUCAAACGCCGAUUGAAGCAGAAGCUGGGCCAGAAUUAGAGAGCCUUGGAAUCCCUCGAAUUUUAGGUAGCGCGAAAUUUUCGAUAGCCCUAAUCCUGGCAUUUUCUAUCGCUGUGGCUGCGUGA